AGCGAGGGCAACCUUUCAGGCUCGCAAGUCUCAUCGUUGGCUGCGAUUGCGUGGCGGGAUGCCGAAUGUAGGCAUGGAAAAUUGGACCAGUGACUGGGAUCGCGAAUGUUGGAAUGAAUCGAACCCGAACAUAACGAGCCCAUUGUUUGUCCCCAAGGGGAACUGGACGGAAGAAGACUUUGAGAAGGCCAGGAACGACCCUCGUCAUCAGAACGAGUUGUGUCAGUACAUGAUCAAAAGAGAAUACGAAAGAUUGAACGGUAUUCCUCACAGUUAUGACCCGAACAAGGAAGAUCCGUGGUUCGGGGUACGAGGCGAAGGGGGACCAGAAGUGUUUGGGGAUGAUCCUUUUUCGGGAGACAUCCUGGUAGAUCCAACCAGUCCCUCAGGGAGGAUCCCAAGUAUCGCAAAUAUCUGCAGGGCCUGGCAUGGCAU